AUGGCGCCUCGAAAGCGCGUGCGACCAAACUCUUCCACCGCGAGCUCUGCGAGCCUUCCUGCACCGAACCCCGCGACGCCUGCGACUACGUCACCGGCGCCUCCCGUGCUGGAUACCACGACAUCCUCGGUUGGACAACGCGAUAUGCCGACCCCCAGUGGUGUCAAACACAACGAGACCCCCAAGCCAGCAUCUAGCGGACAGAAGGGGGUGCGCAAAAGCCGAAGCUGGUAUGGAUCCUGGCCGCGUGCACCCAAAUCGUCCGCACUGGUGCCCCAGAUUGCCCGGGAGACGAUCCUCGGGGGCACCAAUCGACCACCGAGCGUAUCCGACUUGAGACGCUUCGAUUCCAAGAAGAGUACCGACUCGUCGAGCCUUGAAGGAGCAAUGGGGCCGGCAAUGACUCUGCCCAACAUUUCGGAAAACCCUUCGGCGAAUGCAGACUUGGAACGGAUGGACACUGAAAUGACGAAUGGCCCGUCAGCCCAGGAAACAAUGGAUGGGAAGGACGUGCCCGCGGAGGACCAGGCAAAAGAGGAGAACACGACUUCUCAGGAUGUUGAAAUGGAACCAUCCCCCCAAAGACCCUCAACGGCAACAGGGUGGUUCGGCUGCGUCAAGCGCCUCCCACCGCCUCCACUUGGUUUGGUUUCUGGUCUGCCGCAACGCCCCCAGGCGGCUGCCGAAGGCCAACCCCAGACUCCUCAAACUCCGAUUCCUGCACCUAGGGUUGGCCCAGAAUCACAACCUCAAGACGUGUCGAUGACCGACGCCCCCGAACCUACGGCUGUUCAGUCGCCGCCGCCACCGGCUGGGUCGACGUGGGCAUUCUGGUCAAGAGAUGUUAAGUCCAAGGCCGACGGCAAGGCGCCGCAGCCAGAAACCGGAGAGAUGGCUGUCAUCGGGCAAGGAUCAGAGGCACAUCCUGAGCCGGCACAUGGCAUCGUCACAUCACAAACGACUGAUUCAACGAAGGACCUCAAAACCAAGCUCAAGGCUGCGACGAUAGGGCCGGCGGCCGGGAAAAAGAACAAAAGACUCCGACCUCAGUCCAUGGAUCUGGAUGACGCAUCUGUGCGAUCAGGCACGGCGACACCACAGCCUGUAGCAUCGUCCAAAUCAUCCAUCACAGAAUCUGUACAAGAAAGCCCUGGUAAGCCUGCAGCGACCAAGCCGGCGUCCAUUUCCGAGUCGCCUGCCAAGUCGCUGCCGCCUAAUCUGCUGCUCCCGUCUUUUGGCAGCACAUAUCACAUGAAGGAAAAUCCAUCCAUCUUAAAGCAGAUCACGCAGCUUCUCCUUCGUACACAACAGCCUGCUACGAACCAUGUCUUUCGUGUUAAAGAAACGCCAAAGGUGAAGAAGGCCAUUGCCAUCGGUGUUCACGGCCUGUUUCCCGCAACAUACCUUCGGCCCAUGGUCGGACAGCCGACGGGUACGUCUCUGCGUCUCGCAAGUCACUGCGCCGAAGGCAUCAGGAGGUGGGCCGAUGCUCACGGAUGUGGAGAUUGCGAAAUCGAGAAGGUCGCGCUUGAGGGAGAGGGCAAAAUUGCAGAUCGCGUGGACAACCUAUGGAAGCUACUUCUGAACUGGAUUGAGCCCUUGCGAAGCGCAGACCUGAUCAUUCUCGCAUGCCACUCGCAAGGUGUGCCUGUGGCGAUCAUGCUGGUGGCUAAGCUCAUUGAUUUAGGCAUCAUAACAAACGCAAGAAUCGGAGUUUGCGCCAUGGCUGGUGUAUCGCUCGGUCCGUUUCCCGACUACAGAUCUAGUAUGGGUAUGCUUAUGGGCACGGCCGCCGAGUUGUGGGACUUUUCCAACUCAGAGAGUGAGGUGUCCAGACGAUACGAAACUGCCCUCAAGGAAGUGCUGGAGUACGGUGCAAGAAUCACCUACAUCGGAAGUAUCGACGACCAGCUGGUGCCCAUGGAGUCGGCCAUAUACUCUCCGGCGUCUCACCCCUACAUCUACCGCGCUGUCUUCAUUGACGGUCGCAUUCACGCCCCUGACUUCAUCGCCCACUUGGUAGGCUUUGCACUGAAGCUCCGCAAUCUCGGUGUCUCUGAUCACGGCCUUAUCCGUGAGCUAUCCACGCCGCUCGCCGGCUCCCUCUACUCAGGCGAGGGGCACUCACGACUCUACUACGACGAGCAAGUCUACGACCUCGCCGUCUCUCACGCGCUGGAGACUACCAACGUCCCCCCACACGUGACGAAUCGCCAAUGCCAGGUACGGCACCCUCACCGGCCAGACUCUGCUGGUACCAAUAAAACGACGGGUGGACCUGGCCCUCUCACGAACCCUAACCCUUACCACCUACCAUGGAUCAUGCGUGGCCUCCUUGAAGAGGACUUUGUCAAAACAGAGCUCUCGGCAGAGACAGAGGAGCUCCUCCGCCAGUUCGACGACUGGAAGCCCACGACCAAGGCGCUGAAGGACGUCAAGUACCGGCUGGAAGCCGUGCGAUCGAAGCUCUGA